AUGGUCCAACCCCAAGUUUUUGUUGAUGACAACCACCCCAAGCAUGUUUGCAAAUUGCAUAAAUCUAUAUAUGGGCUGAAGCAAGCUCCUCGUCAAUGGUUUCACACUCUCACCGCCUGCUUACAAUCACUUGGAUUCAUCUUCAGAAAAUCGGAUCACUCCUUAUUAGUCUACAAGACCUCGGAUACACAAAUAUACAUACUCCUGUAUGUAGAUGACAUACUCAUCUCGGGCAACAACAAAUCCAAGAUUUCGGACCUCAUCUCACAGCUGCAAUCUAAAUUCUCACUUAAAGAUCUUGGACCGAUUUCAUUCUUUCUGGGUAUACAAGUGCUACAUUCCCCUCAUGGCUACUUCUUAAGCCAAUCCCAAUACGCUAGGGAUUUGAUUCAGGCAGCAGGUCUUGACUCUUGUAAGCCUUCUCAAUCCCCUGUAGCAGUGAAACCAACGCUCACAUCCAACAAUUUUCUUAAGUCGGAUCCCAUACAGUACCGCAAGUUGGCUGGCUCGUUACAGUACUUAACAAUCACCAGGCCUGAUAUUGCUUAUGCUACAAACAUUAUCUGCCAACAGAUGCAUAAUCCCAUGCAGCAACAUUUCAAUGCUCUUAAACGGCUUCUCCGGUACAUCCAAGGAACCCUCAAUUUCGGUCUUCCAAUUACUCGAGGCACACUACAGUUACAUUCAUAUUCUGAUUCCGACUGGGCAGUUGAUACAUUAGACCGAAAAUCCAUAUCUGGAUUUUGUACAUUUCUUGGCAAUUCCCUGAUUUCUUGGAAU